UCAUCUUGCGUUUAGAAAAUCUCGACGUCAUCUAAAGGCGCUCGCACAUAUGUUCACGUGUGACGGACUUCCUUCUGAAGUGCGCGUGGUGAAGAUGGCGGCGGAAAAGUCGGUGCCGAGUGAUCUUUACAAAUGCGUUUAUUCAUUUCUGCUGGAGAACAAGUUCACCAAAGCGGCGGAGCAGUUCGUGAAAGAGACCAAAGUGAAACCUCAAGAUGCGAACGAAGAGAGCCUCGUUAACAUCUACAACUUCUGGGUCAAAUCCCCUGAGGCUAAGAAACGCAAAACUCCUGCUAGUGAAUCUAACAACGGCCCCUCAGCCAAGAAGUCUAAACCCAGCGCAGAGAGCUCCAGCAGCGAGGAGUCCAGCAGCGAAGAUGAGCAGCCCGCAGCUAAGAAACCUACGCCUGCUCCUGCAGCCAGCAAGGUUCCUGCUAAAGCCCCUGUGAAAGCAGCAUCCAGCAGCAGCGAAGACACAAGUGACUCUGAGGAGGAGAAAGCGCCCGCGAAGCCUGCCGCAAAGGUUCCCGUGACGGAAGUCGCUGCCGCAGACAGCACGAGGAAGAAAGACAGCAGCUCGAGCAGUGAGGAGUCCGACUCUGAGGAUGAACAGCCAGCCAAAGCUCCUGCUCCCAAAGGUAAAGCUGCUGCAGUCACAGCGGCUAAAGCGACCGCUCCUGCUAAAGCAGCAGCUCAGAAGAAGCAGGAGAGCAGCAGCAGUGAUGAGACCACAUCAGAUUCUGAAGACGAACAGAAAGCUAAGGCUCCAGUGAAGCCCGCUCCAGUGAAGCCUGCUGCAGCUGCUGCCGACUCCAGCUCAGAAGACUCCUCCUCUGAAGAAGAAGCCCCUCCCAGCAAAAAACCCAAAACAGGAGCGUACAGCGCAGUUCCUCCUCCGGCUUCGACCCAGAAAGCUGCGGCUGUUCCAGCGAAAGCAGCCCCUGCUAAAGACGAUGAUUCGGAUGACGACUCCAGUUCAGAGGAGGAAGAGGCGGCGAAGAAACCAGCAGUAAAGGCGACUCCUGCUAAGGCGGCUCCAGCUAAACCCGCGGCGGCGGCUGAGGACUCCUCCUCCGAGGAGUCCAGCUCCGAGGAGGAGGAGCCGGUGAAAAAGCCACCGGCUAAAGCUGCACCUGCCAAAAAGGCUCCAGCUAAGAAAGACGAGUCCAGUUCAGAUUCAGACAGCAGCUCAGAAGAUGAGGCUCCAGCAAAACCCCCCCUGAAGACUAAAACAACCCCUGCUGCGUCUGCUUCUACCUCAAAACCCCCCGCAAAGCCUGAAGAGAGCAGCUCUGAGGAAGACUCUUCUGAUGACGAGGAAGAACCGGCUAAAGUGAAACCUGCAGCUAAAAAAGCAGCGCCGGCUUCCAAACCUGCUGCUGCUGCCGCAAAACCUGCUGCUGCAGCUGCAGAGAGCAGCUCAGACUCCGACUCUUCUUCUGAGGAUGAAGAGCCGGCGAAGGCGAAGGCAGCAGCAGCUAAACCUUCCAAGGUGGCGACUCCUGCACCUAAAGCUGCAACUCCAGCUUCAAAACCUGCAACCCCUGCAGCUAAAGCUGCUGCUGAGAGCAGCUCUGAGUCAGAGUCAUCUUCCGAAGACGAAGAACCAGCGAAGGCUAAGGCUGUAGCAGCUAAGCCUGCUACCCCAGCUUCAAAACCUGCCACCCCUGCAGCUAAAGCUGCUGCCGAGAGCAGCUCUGACUCUGACUCGUCUGAGGACGAAGCACCAGCGAAGGCUGCAGCUAAACCUGCAACUCCUGCUUCAAAACCUGCAACUCCUGCUUCAAAACCUGCAACUCCUGCAGCUAAAGCUGCUGCUGAGAGCAGCUCUGACUCUGACUCGUCUUCUGAGGAUGAAGCACCAGCAAAGGCUGCAGCUAAACCUGCCACCCCUGCUUCAAAACCUGCCACCCCCGCAGUUAAAGCUGCCGCCCCUGCAGCGAAGGCUGCUGCAGCUGAAAGCAGUUCAGACUCUGACUCCUCGUCCGAAGACGAAGCGCCAGCGAAGCCAGCAGCUAAAGCUCCUGCUAAAGCAACCCCGGCUCCAAAACCGGCCACCCCUGCAGCGAAGGCUGCUGCUGACAGCAGCUCCGACUCCGACUCCUCUUCUGAGGACGAAGAGCCAGCGAAGGCUAAGACACCAGCUAAGCCUGCCACUCCAGCAUCAAAGGCUGCUGCUCCUGCAGCAGAAAGCAGUUCUGACUCUUCUUCCGAAGAUGAAGAGCCAGCAAAGCCAGCUUCCAAACCUGCAACUCCUGCAUCCAAACCUGCAGUGGUGAAAGCAGCCACCCCGGCCUCAAAGCCUGCUACCCCUGCAGGGAAAGCUGCUGCUGCUGCUGCAGAGAGCAGCUCGGAGUCCUCCUCUGAGGAUGAAGAGCCCGUGAAAGCCAAACCUGCAGUUAAACCAGCAACUCCAGCCUCAAAGCCUGCGACUCCUGCUGCCAAGCCUGCUGCCGCCGCAGAAAGCAGCUCCGAGUCGGACAGCUCGGACUCCGAAGAGGAGGCCGCCAAGCCCGCCGCCAAGAAAGCUGCAGCUGCCGCCCCGAAGCCUGCAGCCGCUGCUUCCACCAGCAAAGCUGCAGCAGAGUCCAGUGAAGACAGCUCCAGCGAUGAGGAAGAGGAGCCCAAGAAGGUGACGCCUGCGAAGCCCGCCGUCGCCAACGGCAAAGCAGCAACUCCCAAAACGCCUCCGGCAGCAAAGGCAGCGGAGUCGUCCAGCGACAGCAGCUCCGAAGAGGAAGAGGAGGCCGGCAAGAGCGCCGUGAAACCCGCUGCCGUCAAGAAAACACCAUCAGCUAAAGCUAAAGAGAGCAGCAGCUCCGAAGACAGUUCAUCAGAGGAAGACGAAGCCCCGCGCAGAGCGGCCACCGCGCCCAACACGCCCGCAGCGAAAGCAGUUGCCAAUGGCAAGAAAAAACAGGCUGAAGAAUCGGGAAGCGAAGAUGAGACUGAAGUGAAGACGCCCAAAAAUAAGAAGGCAACGACCACACCACAGACCUUCCCCAAAGCCAACAAGAAGUCCAACAUCCCGUUCCGCAGGAUACAGGAAGAAAGCGUCGAGGUGGAUCCCCGUCUGGCGGACAACUCGUUCGACGCCAAGCUCGGCGCCAACGGUGACUGGGGCCAGAAGGCAAACGAUGUGCUCAGGUUCACCAAGGGCAAGUCGUUCCGUCACGAGAAGACGAAGAAGAAGAGAGGAAGCUACCGCGGAGGAGCCAUCUCCACCUCAGUCAACUCCAUUAGAUUUGACAGCGACUGAGGCCCCGCCCCCACCUCCCAUGAACUGCAGCAGCGGCGAUCAGGUCUUUCCUCCUUGGCGCCCUGCAGAACCACGCCCUCUGGUUCUCGGUGUGAUAGUACCACAUCAGUGAGGCAGGAAAACUCUCCUGCUCGGCAUCCACAUGACAGUACGACUUAUGGCCACUAGGUGGCUGCAGGCCACCAGUCCAUGAUAAACGCAAUCUUGAUGCUCGUUUUGACUAAUCUGUACUUCUGAAAUGAUGAAUGUUCUGUCAUUGUUUUAUAACAAUCGUUUCAUUUCUGUGUUAAUGACAGCCAUCCAAUCGGGUUCUUUGUGAAAGAACGGACCUACUUUUUCUUUCUACAGCGAUCGCAUGGAGUGUUGGUUCAUCUGUUUUUUUUUUUUUGUUUUUUUUUCCAGUCGGUCACAUAUAAAUGUAGAGAUGUUGAGUAUCCGGGGCUUCUUACUUCUUAACAUGACUAGAAAACAUUAAAUAGAAUCAAGGUUUGUACUGUGUAUUUAUUGUUUAUUCCAGUUUAACCUUUAAGACCUCAAGCAUGUUGUCGGUGUCAGUUCCUCUUAGGACCCAUUUCUUCUUCUGUUCGCUCUCGUUCUGCUUGUUCUUGUUUUUUGUUUGAGUUACACUGAAUUUGAUUCAGAUAAUGGAGCCAUGAUUUAUUUUCAAUAUACUCUGACAAUGUAAUUUCUUUUUUUAAAUGGUUGUGUACUUGAUGAAAAACAAAAUUAAAAGUUUCUCUUGA